UCUUGCCACGAGAACACUGAGCUUCGUCGCGUGCUCCUCCUCGGCUUGUUCGCCGUGCAGAUAUCUCGCGUGUCAUUUGUGCCGGUCGUUGGAAACGGUACUCGAAUAAAAUACCCUCCAGAAUUCCAUCAGGACCGUCAUUACAGUCACGCGGAUUUCCGUCCUGACGUGAAAGCGAUCGUUCACUCGCAACUUGCAACUCGAGAAUUGAUUAGAUCCAUAGUUUAUCGGACAUUCAAACGUCGGAGAAUUGUUCCGGGUGAUUGUGUUGUGAUCCGACAGGCUUUGAUGAAGUGUUUUUGUGUAAAGAGUGUCGAAUCAAAUUCAUCGAUGUUGCUUAUGCCUGUUUUUUAACUUGUACUAAUUUUAAUCGGCUCUAACGAACGUUGACGUCGAACAGUCGAUCAACGCGUCGAGUCCUCGUGAACGAAAAUGGGAAUGUCAAUGUAACCAUAACUGUAACUACAUCCGUCUUGCCAACUGGUUGAUAGUUACAAGUCUCUUGAACAGCAUGCCACGGUUGAAUGAUCAUCAAGUGUUGCCCAAUGCACGUAGUAAAGUCAUGAUCUCACACUCCGCGACAGUGAUCGCUACCCUCUUCAGGGGGUGAUUGUGACAGUUUUACGAUAAAUCCUGUUGAAACGUCACGUUAAAUAGCCUCAACGGUUACCGAAUGAAUGCGGCUGAUUGCCCUGCGAGGUACUAUAGUGGGUGCAGUUCAAAAUGCAUUAGUGAUUCAGGUGCGAUGAAAAGUCCAACUGGAAAAGGGCGAAACGAUGGUGUGCCAAUGGAUUCAAACUGACAUGCCCGAACGUAACUAGAAAGAAAAAGCGUGAAUCGGGGUAUAAAAAGGUUAAUUCGAACCCUAAAACUUUUCAAUCCGUCCCCGGGGUUCACGGAGAAUAUUUUUUUCUGCUUCUUCUUUUGAAAGCAAAGUUUUUCAAGGCGUUUUACCACCCAUUGCCUCUGUCACAUUUGCAAGGACAUUCGCCCGUAUUAACGUCCGGAUUUCCUGGAAAGAAACGACAGCAUAAAUUGACGUGUUCGAGUCGAACCUGAAAGCAUGUCGACUGCGAUGAAAAUUUUGGACUACUGUUGUUUUUGUUCUACCGUUUCAUAAUCGUGGGCUGUGUUUUUCACGCUCAAUAGUGAAGUGAGUAUGUAUUACAAACGAUCGGUAUUCGGCAAACGAUAUCACCAAUGUAUCAACCUUCGAGUGAUUCUACCCUUCAAGAUGACUUCGAUCCUAUUUUUCUUCGUCGUUUUCUGCGGUGGAGAGGCCUUCGGUUCGAGAAGAUUCUGGACGGAUUUUCUUGAGGAGUGGCCAACACCAGGAACUGGACCGUACUUCGAUACAACGGUUCAAUCCAACGUGACAGGUCUCGUUGGAAAGACGGUACACCUUGUCUGCAAGGUGAAGAACCUCGGAAAUCGAACGGUGUCUUGGGUUCGCCAUAGAGACAUCCAUCUUCUGACCGUCGGUCGGUAUACCUAUACGAGUGAUCAGCGAUUCGAGGCACUACAUUCCCCGCACUCCGAGGAGUGGACACUCCGGAUUCGAUAUCCCCAACGCAAGGAUUCCGGACUCUACGAGUGUCAGAUAUCGACAACGCCGCCGAUGGGUCAUCCGGUUUAUCUUUCCGUCGUCGAGCCAAUCACCGAGAUUGUCGGAGGACCCGAUCUCUUUAUAAAUAAAGGAAGCACCAUUAACCUCACGUGCCACGUUAAAUUCGCUCCGGAGCCACCGCCAACUAUGAUUUGGAGCCACAAUCGUGAGGCCAUCAACUUCGACUCACCGAGGGGAGGAAUCAGCCUGGUGACCGAAAAGGGCCCCGUGACCUCCAGUCGACUUCUCAUUCAAAAAGCUAUCCUCAACGACUCUGGUCUCUACACAUGUGCGCCUGGCAAUGCAAAUCCGACGAACGUACGGGUCCACAUCCUGAACGAAGAACACCCAGCUGCAAUGCAUCACGGUAGUGGUGACAAAAUGGCGGCCACUCUACUUCCCGUUGUCGCUUUUCUAUGGGUAAUAUUUUAGGAUCGGCCCACAGGGACGUUACUCAACGAAAUAUGACAUCAAGCUUGUUCGUUUUGAGUCAGCGAAAUUUAGGAGCUGCGAGGAACGAUUUUCUGUUUCCUUGACUUCCGUUCGAAGAAGGUGCUACGUGAGUUUUUUCUCUCUUUCUUAACCUCUUACGUAAAAUGUUUAAUAAAAGAACAGAAACUGAAAAUGACCGAAUCGACGUGAAGAGUUCAAUAAUGUUUCAAGCGUUAAAAAUCCGUCUCGGUAACUUUUUACACGACAUCGCUAAUUCCAACGUAAGUAGAUCAGCUGCAUUAUACGCAGACUGUUACGUUUCAGAAUUAAAGACGUAAGGCGUAGAGUAUAAUAUGAUAAACAAAUUCUACCGUAAUCAACGGCUGUGUAAAUAAAUACACAAUUCUGUACAUAUCACUUGGAGAUAUAACUUUCAAAUAAAUAUAGAUGACUAUAAUGUUGUUAUAAUUAUACGUGAGCUUUGUGAAUUUGACAAAAACGAUUGUUUUAUCAUGAAGCGAGUUCUGUGAUCGAAACUGUGAGCGUCAAAUAACUCAACCGGAACGGAAAAACGGACAGUCGUAGUGUUCGAGUGUCAUAAAUCAGUGAAAAGAAAAUUGUUCGAAGAACCUUUAGGAUUUUGUGAAUAAUGUAAAUAGAGGAAAAUUGUCAAAGAUGUAUUACUCGCGUGAUAAGUGUGUCAGACAAAUUUAUGUAUGAAUGAUUUUAAAACCACGAUUGGUGUGAGAUUCAAAUUAUAAAGUAAAAUUGUAUUUAAAUCGCUUCGAGCGAGUGGUAUUAAAUUUCGCACUCUUACGUUAAUAUAUGAGUGUCAGGGGUGUAAGACGCGAGGAAAAAUUUUACCGAACCAAAUUCAUACUUCCAAAUCAUGUGUAAUGUAAAGAUAAUUUGAAUUAUAAGUAUACGUAAACUAGAAAAGCUGAAUAUAUGUAUAUGUAUAAAAAAAAGAAAAAGAAAACAACCACAAAUACGAUAGUCUAUAAAUUGA